GGCUCGACGGAUGUCAUCGAAAAAGGCAAAUUAUCAGUCCUGCACAAGCUAAAGCACGGAGUAGAUCACCAUUUGCCGGCGAACGAAUAUUCCUUCCCAGCCUGCUUUUUGAGCUCACCUUGUACGCGAAAUGUGCUCCUUGAUUGGUUGCUGCUGUGACUGUGCAGCGGCCGUUGCAUGCUGCUGUUGUACUUGUGCCCUUCAAACGCUAUGUGGCUGUUUGUUCGUGGCACUCAUCAUCGCCGUUGCGAUCGCGUUAGGUGUGUAUUUCGGUGUCUUCCAUAACCGAGACUCGAAUUCCGACACCACCACCACCACCACGAGCAGUGUGCUACUGAAGGCUUUAAUACCGAACGAUACCGAGGACGACAAGGAUACAAUUUGGGCGUACUGAAUCCUGGCUUCCCUCCGACGCCCGUUUGUCUUUCCCGUUUCUCCAAAGCCAGAACGAACGCUGUGAUAUGUGUUUAGAGUAAGCGGUACAUCGAUCGUUUAGAUAUCCAUCCCCAUUCGGCGCAGAGUGUGUAGCAUCGAAAUCAUUCCGUAGAAUAAAAGCACCGUUGCACCGUGUUAUCGUGUGCUCCAAACCAACUCCAG